AUGGUCGCCAACAGCAGCCAACAGUCACCAACUUCCGUAAAAGUUUGGUGGCGUCUGAAAUACACGUGCAUGGAGAGAUUUUCACCAGGUGGAGGGGGAGGGGGAGGAGGAGGUGGAGGUGGAUUUAGAGGUGGUAGAGGAGGAGGUCGCGGUGGUGGUGGAGGAGGAGGAUUUAGAGGAGGAAGGGGUGGAGGUGGAGGAGGUAGAGGAGGUGGAGGUGGACGUGGAGGAGGAAGAGGAGGUGGUACCCCACGUGGACGUGGUGGUGGCCGUGGAGGAGGAAGAGGACGUGGAGGUGGUGGUUUCAAAGGUGGCAAAACUGUUGUUAUAGAGCCACAUCGUCAUGAAGGAGUUUUUAUAGCUAGAGGAAAAGAGGAUGCAUUAGUUACUUUGAAUUUAGUACCAGGGUCAGAAGUAUAUGGGGAAAAGAGAAUUAGUGUUGAGGGAGAAAAUGGCGAAAAAAUCGAAUACAGAGUUUGGAAUCCAUUUAGAUCAAAGUUAGCUGCUGCCAUACUUGGCGGUGUAGAUCAAAUUCAUAUGCCACCGGGAAGCAAAGUGUUAUAUUUGGGUGCUGCAUCUGGAACUACUGUGUCACAUGUAGCAGAUGUUGUUGGUCCAGAGGGACUUGUUUAUGCCGUGGAGUUUUCACACAGAUCAGGCAGAGAUCUUAUAAAUGUUGCCAAGAAACGGACAAAUAUUAUUCCAAUAAUAGAAGAUGCAAGGCAUCCUCAUAAGUAUAGAAUGCUUGUUGGAAUGGUGGAUACAAUAUUUGCCGAUGUCGCACAGCCCGAUCAAGCCAGAAUAGUAGCUCUGAAUGCCCAAUACUUCCUCAAAAAUGGAGGUCAUUUCGUUAUUUCUAUUAAGGCAAGUUGUAUAGACUCCACAGCUCAACCUGAAGCAGUAUUUGCUGCCGAAGUGAAAAAACUUAUCGCUGACAAAUUGAAACCCCAGGAACAAAUCACGUUAGAACCAUAUGAAAGAGAUCAUGCCGUAGUAGUCGGUGCUUUCAGGCCGCCACCUAAAAAGGCUACUUAAAAUAUGUAUAUAUGUAUCAUCUAAUUAUUAAGAUCAGUUUGAUUAACCAUCAUCAUUUAGAAUGUAUGCAAUAUCUUUUGAUCGAUUGACUGCAAGUAAUGUUCUCAAAUAUUUUUGCGAGGCUUACGUACGAGAAGAUGAAAAUAGUUUUGUAAUAUAAUGUAAAGUUAGAUAAAUAUGAUGCAGGUAUUUCAGACGUUUUUCUACAAAUGAAAUUCAGUUCACUAUUGUACCUGUAUAGUCGGUACAUCGAAAGGAACGUAUAUGUACGAUUGUUUAAUAUAAAGUUUAUAUUUUAAAUA